AGGAGGGGAGGGCCAGUGGCGAUUAGGCGACAAGGCCACCGCCCGGAACACAAAGCCCCCCGCCUUUUGCUUCGUCGAGACGUCGCCGUACACGACUCCCCGCCGAGCGCAAUCUCGCGCCCCUUUUGUCAGAAUGCGAGCUCCGUAGAACUACGCUCUCGGAACGUCCGCAUAGAACGCCACCACGAAUUGGACGCGGGCCGCUGUUUUGCGUCCAGCACCGUGCGACCCAAGGAUCCGGAAACAUCGCCCGUCCACCGAAUAAUCAGGUGGUGGUGGCCUGUGAGGAAAAAAGGCCUUUCGAGCCGGUCGCGAGCACCGCUGGUUCUUCGAAAGGCCGACAAAUCGAAUCGCCAUGAUCCUGUGCUCGCUGAAGACCGAGCUGUUGGUCCUCGUCCGCGAACUGGCCGUCUUCUUGUUCAUCCGCCUGGCGGACUUGCUGUUCACGCUCUGGUUCUGGAGGACACCCAAAGCCAAGCUUCCGGAGGUCACGGACCCGCUGCUCCUGGAAUCCGCCACGCUGGUCGCCUCCAGGAUACGCGCGGGAAAGCUGAAGAGCGUGGACGUGGUGAGGGCGUACGUGAAGCGGCUGGAGGAGGUGAACCCGGCACUGAAUGCCGUGACGGACACCAGGUACGAGGAGGCGCUCACCGAGGCCCAAGAGGUGGACCGGCAAGUGGCCGAAGGGGCCGCAGCCUCGGAGCGAGACCAGCCGCUGCUGGGCGUGCCUUUCACCGUCAAGAACACCAUAGGCGUCCGAGGUUGCGUGCAGGACUGCGGCUCCUUCUACUCGAAGGGACGGCGGGCCCCCGAAGACGCCCAGGUGGUGGCGCUGAUGCGCAAGGCCGGCGCCAUUCCCGUGGUCAUCAGCAGCGUUCCUGAGCUCUGCCUCUCCGUGGAGUGCAACAGCGUCCUCCACGGGACCACCUGCAACCCGUACGACUCCAACAGGAGCCCCGGUGGAAGCUCAGGAGGUGAGGCCAGCCUUCUCGGUGCGGCCGCGUCAGUCAUCGGCCUGGGCACGGACCUGGCCGGCAGCAUCCGCCAACCUGCGGGCAACUGCGGCGUCUUCGGCCACAAGCCAACUCACGGCAUCGUCUCUCGACACGGCUUGUACCCCGACAGGGGUGAGGCCGUGGGCAAGUUCUCGACGCCCGGUCCCAUGUGCCGCUACGCCGACGAUCUCCUUCCCAUGCUGCGGGUCAUGGCCGGAGAGAACGCUCCCCGGCUGGCCCUGGACAGCCCGGUUGAUUUGAAAAAAUUAAAAGUGUUCUACCUUGUUGACGAUGGUAACAAGUACAUCGGGCGCCUGCAAAAAAAAUUCAGCCAAGCCGUCCUUGAUGCUGUCGCUUGUCUGGAACCUCUUUGCGAGGCCCGGCCCCGGCAGGUGUCGUUCGAAGAGCUGCCGCGGGCCUCGCGUAUCUGGAUGGCAACUGUGAGGUCCGGCGCUCCACCUCCCUUCGCCGAAGUCAUCAAGAACUACACGGGCAAGCUGAACCCGCUGACGGAGCUGGCGCUCAAGCUGGUCGGCCGGUCCCACCACACGGUGGCCGCCAUCGUGGUGGCCCUCUGGGAACGGGAAAAGGACUUCACGGACCCCGCCCGCGUCGCGGACCUCACCGCGCAGGGACAGCGCUUCGUGUGCAAGCUGGAAGAGCUCCUCCAGGACGGCGACGCAGUGCUCGUGAUGCCGGCCGCGGGGUUCGGCGCUCCCGGCUACCACGGCCAGUGGCUGACGAACAUGGACAACACGAACUACACGUGCCUCUUCAACACGGCCAUGGUUCCCGCGACCGCGUGUCCGCUCUACCUGGACAAGAGGGGCCUGCCCGUAGGGGUGCAGGUGGUGGCGGCCCGCUACAAGGACAGGCUCUGCCUCGCCGUGGCCAGGGAACUCGCCAGCAAGUUCGGCGGAUGGAGGGCUCCGGGGACGCGGACCUCCGCUUGAGCGGCCAUUUCGGGCAUGGCAUCUGGAGGGGCCGAUAGCUGAUUUCGAUGUUCCGUGAUAUUCGGGAAGAGAUCGAACAGUCACGCCUCUGGCGGCACGCUUCAGCUGUCGGGACAACAAACCGAACUUUCUUGUUUGUUUUUGAUCAGCGAUAUCGAUGGUGACGAUUCGAACGGCCGCUCCUCGUGGAACCAAAGCACUGGUAAGAGUGAAGCGCUCGUGUCCAGACCGUGCAUGGCGAGGUUCAAUUUCUUUGUUAUUCUGUGUUAGUAAACACCGGGCUGUAAAGAUAUCAAGCUCGAUAAAGCUCCCCCUAUAGUUCGAUCUCCUGGCCAAUAGUCAUCAUCGCGUAUUAGCACCAACAAGAUAAAUCCUUAAGAGCGGUCGCGGCGCUAAUGUGGAGACCUGGACCUGCUUGCUAGAGACGGAGUAUCAGUUGAGAGUCCUGUGUGAAAGAGAUCAAUGGCGAAGAUAGCGCACGAGCCAGUAGCAGCUAGGAGACAUGGCCCGCGCCUCGUCUGCCUCCCCCCACUUUAUCAAUUGAGAAGCUCCACGGAAAAGUGUGGUUCAAAAACCGCCGCAAGCGAGCAGGUAUGCGGGCGCGGAUAGCGUUCCUUGCGCCACCAGCAGCACCGCUCCCAUGGCCAAUGGAGAGAGACUGUUCUUGAACGAUGUCCUUUUUGCGCAGACUUUACGUUGACCAUGUAAAAACCACAAUCGAAUCCCCUACAACCCCUGGAAAUGUGCAUCUAACGUUCCGCCGGCUCCGUCGUUUCUUGCCAAAUAGGCUGGUAGCGCGAGCGCCGCUGAUUAGACGCACCACGGAAAGGCGCGAGACAUUCUAGGAAUCUUAUCCCCUGACUUUGAUCAAGGUUACUUUUUUUAUUAUAGUAACGUUAAUCACUAGUGGAUUCAAGCAGCGCGCCGCGUAUAGGCGAUUGCAAGCUGGGCGACUGGCCGCCGCCAUGUCUCUGCUCGAGGAGGCACGCCCGUGCGAUUACGAGCUUGCCAAAGCUACGUUCACCCGCGCGUUGCACGCGCUUGCACGCAUGGGGCACCACUUGUGGCGCCAAGCUUGCAAUUGUCUAUACCUUCCGGCAGCAUCGUUCACAGCGUUUGGUGCAGCGUUUCCCAACGAGCGCGAGAUUAGCACGCGGCAACGCCUAGACGAACGCGUAUGCCGGAUUGCGGCAACUCUUGUCGAGCUUCUGCUGCUUGGGGCGGGUCGGGGGUCCACUAACGAUGACGUCAUGCGCAGGACCAGUCUUCUAGCUGGUGUUGGCCCAGCGCCUUUUUUCAUUUUUUUUUUUUUUUUUUUUUUGUGCCCAAUUGAAGAAAAUGUGGCGAACUCCCCUGGUCGUUUUGGAGCGCGCCGGGAUCGACUUUUCGGGAGCGAGCCUAUUUCACUGGGCGAUCGGGGUCGAGACCAAGGUGUUCCACUGGUCGUUUUGGAUUAGCCCCCGCUCCAGAUCUCGAUCUGGAUCCGAGAAACGUCGCUCCCACGAUUUCGGGGGAUUUAACCGGAAGUCAGCCGGGCCAGCCCUCGGCGCACACAGGUGACUUCCUUUCUCGCGGGGCAUCUCGCCUGAUCUCGCCCAUCUCGCCUCAAAAGAAGAAGCACGUCGCGGGCUGGGCUCCUAGAUUGUCUCGACAUCAGAAGAAUUCGUAAUGGCCGCUUGCUUACCCCUUGGCUCGACAGCCGGUUCGUUUUCCAGGAAGGAGAAGGGAAGGUAUUUGCCGGCGCUACGGGCAUUCCGGCAAUCUUUGCUAGAAGCGCCCGAGCCAUUCCUGCCGCUCGUGCGUCGAACACGUGUUAGCGCCGCGAUUGCGAAAACGGCUUCGAAACGACCGCGGCGGCCGCGGAAAGGGGAUUCCCGGGCAGUUGAAUGAUGGGAAGGAAUCCGCCGAUCCAGGAGCAGUGGUCAUGUUCCACUGGGGAUCCGUAGGCGGCGCGACCCCGUUCGAAUCGUGUGCUCCGGUCCGGAUCUGGUCAACUGAUCCCGGUGCGCUCCAAAACGCCCCGUGGAAUUCGCCAAUAGUCGGAAUUCCGUAGUGAGGAUCGGAGUGACGGCAUCUUGAUUGGUUUUGCUCUGUGUGACAGUGACGUCAAAGAUUUAAGAUUAUCGUGUUAGUAAUGGUGCUAUGAAACUGAGACACUGUCAUUCUGCAAGUUCUCAAUCGGUGCAUAAACGUCGCUCCGCGGGCACAUCUGUCUUUUUGGUAAUAUUCUGCCUGUCUGCAUUCAAUUAUCAGCCAGUCGUCACUGCAGGACCUCUAAAGUUGUGAAUUGUUAGUUAAUUACGUCAUACCUCGACGUGUAUGACGAAAUUCGCAAGAACAAAAUCGAAGACGAUAUGUUUCGAUAUCUAAAACAAAUCAAUAAUAUUCGUCAGGUAAACUUUUUUUUUUGGCAUCGCGUGCUCCUUUCGCUGCUGUCUUCGCCACUGUUAGAAAUGCCGUGUUUCUGGGGAUGCAUAUUUUAACUGCCAGUGUUUUCGUUGCGAAAGGUAAAUAACUGAAAGCUACAUUUAAGAGUUUUGUGAGACAUUAAGGGGAGGGUGAAUAUUACCGAAUUAUGAGAUUAACCAUCUUAUUUUUAUUCUAAUAAAGAAAGGUUGUGAACGGGACGGUGACAAGCGUUCAUCAGAGCCCCCAGGUUUGUUGUGUUUUUUUUUCUGCUGUGAUAAAAUAUUAGGAUAUGAAGAAAAGUCGAUUUAUCUUUUAUGGGCGGUGAAUUAAACUUGUUAAUAAAAUAAUGUCAGAAAAAAA